CAUUGUCACCGCGGAAUCUUUGGACAUUACACGCUAUCUUAGUGCUAUUCAAGUUAUUUGGUAAAACGAACUCUCAUCUAAGUGAAUAGUAUAGAUUAGUGAAGUUUUUAAAGAUGGAUAAGAUAUAUUUCACUGUCAAUGGAGAACAUUACUCAUUGUCUGGAUCGGAUAUUAGCCCUAGAACUUCUUUGAAUGACUACCUUCGAAACUACUUGAAUCUGUAUGGAACCAAAGUGAUGUGUCGGGAAGGUGGUUGCGGGGCGUGCAUAGUCUCAGUGUCUCAAACACACCCAGACACCAAGGAGACAAACGUGUUCUCUGUUAAUUCUUGCUUGGUCCACAUAUUGUCCUGUCACAAUUGGGACAUCACCACUGUCGAGGGUGUUGGAAACAGGAAGACUGGCUACCAUGCCAUACAAACGCGACUGGCUACUUUCAAUGGCACCCAAUGUGGAUACUGCACACCAGGCUGGGUCAUGAAUAUGUACAGCCUAAACAAGAGUUCAAAUGGGAAGCUAAGCAUGACGCAGAUCGAAGACUCAUUCGGCAGUAACAUGUGUCGAUGUACUGGCUAUCGCCCAAUUUUAGCUGAAUUCAAAACUUUGCCCAGUGACCUUGAACCCGAGUUAAAGAACAAAAUACAGGAUUUGGAAGAUUUACAUAAUUUAAAAUGUAAAAAUAAGUGCGAACGUAGGUGUAGCAUUAACGAGGAUUGGUGUAUGAUCAACAUGAAGCCGGACACACUACUGACAGUAAACGGCAACGGUAGCCGCUGGUAUAAAGCGUUUACAAUCAGCGAUGUAUUUAAGAUACUUUUAAAAGAAGGUGUGGAUAGCUAUCGAUUUGUUGCUGGAAAUACUGGUCAAGGGGUGUUUCCAAUUGCAACAGAUUCUCGUGUUCUAAUAGACAUAUCGUCUAUAGCAGCUUUAAAAGGUUCAUGGACUGAUGGCAACCUGGUGUUAGGAGCGGGUACAACUCUCACAGAAGUGAUAAAAGAAUUCCAAAAAUGGGCUAAUGACAAUGUAGACUUCGCAUAUUUGAAAGAGUUUCACAAACAUCUGAGCCUUAUUGCUCAUGUACCCGUAAGAAAUAUAGGAACUAUUGGCGGCAAUCUGGCUAUGAAGAAUAAACACAACAACUUCCCUUCAGACUUGUUUCUUAUUCUAACAACUAUAGAAGCCGUUAUAAUUGUGGUGAAUCACAAGUGAAAACAGUGUGUCGAAAUGCAUGAUUUAUUAAAAAUGGAUCUCACAAAUAAGUUAAUUACUGAAAUACAAAUACCACCGCUGCCUGCAACGUGCCUAAUUAAAACGUAUAAGAUAAUGUCUCGAGCUCAAAACGUACAUGCGAUAGUUAAUGCUGGGUUUCUCUUCAAAAUAGACCCCUCGUCAAAUAAAAUUGUAACCACGAACAUUGUCUAUGGUUGCAUGAAUCCCAAUUUUGUAAACGCUAAUGAAACCGAGAAAGUACUAAGAAACUCUCUGUUAUAUAGUGAAGAAACAUUGCAGAAAGCUUUGAAGAUGUUAAACAUAGAGUUGAAACCAGAAAUAGAUCUACCUGAGUGUUCACCGGAGUGCCGAAAAUAUAUAGCUUUGGGUCUUUUUUAUAAGGCAGUAUUAUCACUAUGCCCUAAAGUGAAUCCUCGCUACAAGAGUGGCGGCACAGACUUGGAGCGUGAAUUAUCGAGAGGCACUCAGACUUUUGACACCGAUAAAUCUAUAUGGCCAUUGAAUAAGCCAGUACCUAAACUGGAGGCUUUAUCACAGUGUGCAGGCGAAGCCAGAUAUUCGUGUGACGUCAGCACUGGACCACGUACAGUGCACGUGGCGUUCGUUCUGUCUGACGUAGCAGUUGCUGAGAUCGACCGUUUCGACCCCAGUGAAGCUUUGAAAGUUUCUGGUGUUAUUGCAUUUUUAUCUGCUAAAGACAUACCAGGCAAAAAUACUUUCACACCGUCAAACGUACCGUGGAUGGACUUUGACGAAGAGAUCUUAGCUAGUAAACACGUACUAUAUUACGGACAACCUGUAGGGCUUAUAGUCGCCAAUUCACACAAUCUGGCCGUAUCUGCUGCUCAACUAGUGAAAGUCGAUUACAAGAAGAGUGAAGCCAAACCUGUAAUUACAAUACAAGACGUUUUGGUAGCUCCAGAUAAAGAUAAAAGGAUUCGCAAAGAUAUAACGGUGAAAGCUACAGAUCGAGGGCAAGAUAUAAAACAUGUAAUCAAGGGGACCUUUUUUAUACCUUCACAAUAUCACUACACGAUGGAGACACAAUCAUGUACAGUAAUACCAACUGAGAAUGGAGUGGAAGUGAGAUCUGCAACACAGUGGAUGGACUUGGUUCAUGUGGCUGUGGCAAAUAUGCUAGCGGUACAACAAAAUAAAGUUGAAGUAAUAGUAAACCGCGUGGGGGGUGCUUAUGGUGGCAAGGCCUCAAGGUCGAGUCAGAUCGCCUGCUCAGCAGCACUAGCGGCGACUGCCUGCGGGCGUGCUGCCUCGCUUGUGCUACCAAUAGAUACCAAUAUGGCAGCUGUGGGUAAAAGACAGGAGUGCUUAGUUGAGUAUGAGCUAGGGGUAGACAACAUCGGCGCCAUUCAAUACUUGGAUUUAAGCUACUACAGUGACUGCGGGUGUUCCUAUAAUGACACAGCUGGCAGCUCCAUCGCCGGCAUACUUGCCAACUUAUACAACAGCUCGCGAUGGUCAAUUACUGGCUACAGUGUACUGACUGAUAAAGCGAGCAACACUUGGUGCAGAGCUCCGGGGACUACAGAAGCUAUUGCAAUACAUGAACAUCUUAUGGAACGUAUCGCAUUCAUUACCAAACUAGACCCUAUCGACGUGAGAUUAACCAACAUAGCACCAAAACAUAGUGGUAUAAAAGAUAUGAUUGCCACACUUAAACAAAACUCCGAUUUUGAUGUACGGAAAACAGAUAUAAAAAAAUACAAUAGCGAAAAUGCAUGGAAGAAAAAGGCUUUAAAAUUAUCCAUAAUGUCGUAUCCCAUUGAGUAUUCUUGGAACUUUCCAGUAACAGUUUCUGUAUACCACGGUGAUGGAACAGUAGCUAUAUCUCAAGGUGGCAUAGAGAUGGGACAAGGAAUAAAUACAAAAGUUGCGCAAGUAUGCGCUUACACAUUAAAAGUACCAUUGGAAAAAGUAUCAGUUUUUGGAAGUAACAGUUUCGUAUCGCCAAAUGCUAUGUGCAGUAAUGGAAGUAUAACCAGUGAUUGCGUAGCAUACGGUACGAUGAGGGCUUGUAAGGAACUGUUGAAAAGAUUUGAAGAUAUUAAAGGGAAUACGAACGAAUCUUGGGAAGAGACUGUCAAAAAGGCUUAUGAGAAAGGUAUAAACUUGCAAGCGAGCUACAUGACCUCACCACAGGACUCCCUACAAGGUUACGAUGUCUACGGCGUAUGUGCAAUUGAAAUACAACUGGACGUGCUGACCGGCACGCAUCUUAUACAACGGGUUGACUUACUUGAGGAUGCUGGUAUUAGCCUCAGUCCAGAUAUAGAUGUGGGACAGAUCGAAGGUGCCUUUAUAAUGGGAAUCGGCAUGUGGACCACAGAACAAUUGACGUAUGACCAGACAACUGGGCGACUUCUAACCGACCGCACCUGGACUUACCAUCCUCCCGGGGCGAAGGAUAUCCCUGUCGACUUUAGAAUCACGCUGCAGCCAAAUUCACCAAAUCCUACUGGAGUUCUUAGAUCUAAAGCUACUGGAGAGCCAGCCUUGAGUUUAGCGGUAGCAGUGACAUUUGCAUUACACGAGGCUGUUUUAGACGCAAGGAAAGAAUUCGGAUACCAGGAUACUGAUUGGGUUUCAGUAGAUGCACCGUACAACGUGGAAAAUAUAUUAAAAGCAAUAUCACCAAAUCAUGAAUAUUACAAAUUGGACUAA